UCUCAUCUCAUCUUCAGUUAGUCUCUUUUCAUUUUUUUUCCUCUCUUACUCUUUCAUCCCAAUUCAUCUCUUUCCACAAAACAAACAUAACCUAAAACAUAUCCUGUUUACAUCUUCAUCCUCCUCCGAACUCCACCUUGCGGUGUGAGUGUUGACUGAAUAGAAUAGAGCGUUUCAAAAGUGUUUUUCAAGCGGGAUUUCUAGGACGACAAAAAAUGGUGUCUUCAACGUAACGGUGGUUUGGUUUGUGAUGCCUUCAAACCCCAAUUGCGAAAAACUUGAUUAUGAAAAUAUUUGCUUCAACAGCGAAUCAACUCUACUUCGCUGUCCGAAACUUGAUUAUGGUUUACGCCUCUUUCACUUUCUAAAAUGUAUAACAGAACUACAAAUCUAUGCUCUAUAUUUAGACUUUCAUUUUCAAGGUCAAAACUAAUGCACACAGCAACAACAAGCAUCUGCAACAAUAAUAAUGUUAUGGCAAAACCAGAGACCCUAGAUUCUCUCACAACCCAGUUGGAAUCUUUGUUCCGGGCUUGUUCGGAUGCUUCCAUGGUUCAGCAAGCUAGGCAGGUUCACACUCAGGUCAUUGUUGGCGGCAUGGGUGAUGUUUGUGCUCCGAGUUCAAGGGUUUUGGGGCUGUAUGUUCUUUGUGGUAGGUUUAGGGAUGCUGGGAACUUGUUUUUCGAGCUCGAAUUGCGCUAUGCUCUUCCUUGGAAUUGGAUGAUAAGAGGGCUUUACAUGUUGGGGUGGUUUGAUUUUGCCUUGUUGUUUUACUUCAAGAUGUUGGGUAGUAAUGUUUCACCUGACAAAUACACGUUCCCUUAUGUGAUUAAAGCCUGCGGUGGUUUGAAUAAUGUGCCAUUGUGUAUGGUGGUUCAUGAUACGGCUCGGUCCUUGGGGUUUCACGUGGACUUGUUUGCUGGUAGUGCUUUGAUCAAGUUGUAUGCUGAUAAUGGCUAUAUUCGUGACGCCAGGCGGGUGUUUGAUGAAUUGCCUCUGAGAGACACCAUUUUGUGGAAUGUCAUGCUCCGUGGUUAUGUGAAAAGCGGAGAUUUUGACAAUGCGAUAGGGACUUUUUGUGAAAUGAGGACCUCUUAUAGUAUGGUUAAUUCGGUGACGUAUACUUGUAUUUUGUCUAUAUGUGCUACGAGAGGGAAUUUUUGUGCUGGUACUCAGCUUCACGGUCUUGUUAUUGGUAGUGGGUUCGAGUUUGAUCCACAGGUAGCAAACACACUAGUUGCCAUGUAUUCAAAAUGUGGGAACCUUUUAUAUGCCCGGAAGUUAUUUAAUACAAUGCCACAAACUGAUACGGUGACUUGGAAUGGGUUGAUUGCUGGAUAUGUACAAAAUGGAUUUACAGAUGAGGCUGCACCUUUAUUUAAUGCUAUGAUCUCUGCUGGUGUCAAACCAGAUUCGGUCACUUUUGCAAGUUUCCUUCCUUCUAUCCUCGAAUCUGGGAGUCUCAGACAUUGUAAGGAAGUUCAUAGUUACAUAGUGCGACAUAGGGUGCCUUUUGAUGUCUAUUUGAAGAGUGCUCUUAUUGACGUAUACUUCAAGGGUGGAGAUGUGGAGAUGGCACGCAAGAUUUUCCAGCAGAAUAUUUUGGUUGAUGUUGCAGUUUGCACAGCUAUGAUCUCGGGUUAUGUACUUCAUGGACUGAAUAUCGAUGCUAUAAACACUUUUAGGUGGUUAAUUCAAGAGGGAAUGGUGACUAAUUCCCUAACCAUGGCUAGUGUUUUGCCAGCUUGUGCUGCUGUGGCUGCUCUGAAACCAGGGAAGGAGUUGCAUUGUCAUAUUCUAAAGAAACGAUUGGAGAAUAUAGUUAAUGUGGGAUCUGCCAUCACAGAUAUGUAUGCAAAAUGUGGAAGACUGGAUCUUGCUUAUGAAUUUUUCAGAAGAAUGUCUGAUAGAGAUAGUGUUUGUUGGAACUCAAUGAUUUCAAGCUUCUCACAGAAUGGAAAACCAGAAAUUGCCAUUGAUCUUUUUCGUCAAAUGGGAAUGAGUGGAGCCAAGUUUGAUUCUGUGAGCCUAUCAUCUGCUCUCUCUGCUGCCGCAAAUUUACCAGCACUAUAUUAUGGUAAAGAGAUGCAUGGCUAUGUGAUUAGAAAUGCAUUUAGUUCUGACACUUUUGUUGCAAGUACACUGAUAGAUAUGUAUUCUAAAUGUGGAAAUCUAGCUUUGGCUUGGUGUGUGUUUAAUCUGAUGGAUGGGAAGAAUGAAGUUUCAUGGAACAGCAUCAUUGCUGCCUAUGGAAACCAUGGUUGCCCUAGAGAAUGCCUUGACCUAUACCAUGAGAUGUUAAGAGCAGGGAUUCACCCUGAUCAUGUUACAUUUCUUGUUAUAAUAUCAGCUUGUGGCCAUGCGGGCUUAGUUGAUGAAGGCAUACACUACUUUCAUUGCAUGACUAGAGAAUACGGGAUCGGUGCUAGGAUGGAGCACUAUGCAUGCAUGGUAGAUUUGUAUGGUCGUGCUGGUCGUGUGCAUGAAGCAUUUGAUACCAUAAAGAGCAUGCCAUUUACUCCAGAUGCAGGUGUUUGGGGGACAUUGCUGGGAGCUUGUCGGCUCCAUGGCAAUGUUGAGUUGGCUAAACUAGCUUCAAGACAUCUUCUUGAAUUGGACCCAAAAAAUUCUGGAUACUAUGUAUUGCUUUCAAAUGUACAUGCUGAUGCUGGCGAAUGGGCGAGUGUUCUUAAGGUAAGAAGUUUAAUGAAGGAAAAAGGAGUCCAGAAGAUACCUGGAUACAGCUGGAUUGAUGUUAAUGGUGGAACCCAUAUGUUUUCUGCUGCUGACGGAAACCACCCAGAAUCUGUUGAGAUCUAUUUGAUUCUGAAGAGUCUCCUUCUUGAGUUAAGAAAGCAGGGUUAUGUUCCUCAACCUUAUCUUCCACUUCACCCACAAAUCAUGGGCAAGAAUUGAGUGAAGAACAAUUGAUUUCUUUCUUAUUCUCAGCAACAGUCAUAUCAAAUACUUCUUGAUGCAACUCCUAUCAUUAGGUUGUCAAAUCUUUGAAUUCAUGACAAUUUUAAUUGCAAUCUCUGUCAAGAAGUUGCUCGGGCAUGUGUUAAUACAGGAGCUCUUGAUUUUGGAAAGAAGGUUUUGUGGAAGCAUAAUGUCUAUGGACUGAGCCCAAAUAUUGCAUCUGCACACCAUUUACUGGUACUGUUUACAUGUUAAUGUUCUAAGUUCUUUGAUUCUGUCCCUGUUUUCCAAUUGGUAAGUUACUGUCAAUUUGCUGCAGUUGUAUGCUAAGAACCACAAUGAUACUAAACUGUUGGUGGAAAUAAUGAAACUUCUGAAGAAGAAUGAUUCACCAUUAUUUAAAUUUGAAUUACAUUAAAAAAGAAUAUAGUAUUAGGAUAGAUUUAAAUUUGAAUUAACUUGCAUACAAAUUUAUAUGCCCUGCAUUUAUAGUGCUUAAUGCUGACUGAUGAAACAAUUGGUUCUUCUUACUUGUUAACAACUUAAGAUAUUUAAUUUAAACAUAAUUACAAAGGAAUAUGACUCAACUCAUAUGUAGUUUUGGUAUAGUGUUUCUUAAUACCUUGAGCUAUCAAAUCUUUUGCUAUGUGGAUCUUGUGUUUUGGGGCAGGUAUUUAUUAGUUCAGAAGUAGUAACUAGUCAUUUAGUAGAUAUAAUUAUUCUUAGGUGCUGCCUGGCAGACUCAUUUCAAAUCCUAUCUUGUUGUCAAGGCUGGUGUAAAACUACGACAAACCUCAUUUGAGACAUGAAUGGAAUUUCUCAGUUUUCGAAGUGCUGGAUUGAUUAGUAAUUAGCAGCAGUGAGGGGUGAGGGAGGCGAACUCAAGCAUAAAAUAGAAUAGAAACAAGGGAACUAAAAUAGGAAAAUCACUCGAACACAAGAGUAGACUUUUACUCCAUCAUUCAAUGUGCUAAGGUUCCUAUUCUAGACUUAAUAAUUUUACUUACAGUUUAAUUGGAAUUUACACGGAGGAGGGGCUUGAGCUGGUGUAAAACUACGACAAACCUCAUUUGAGACAUGAAUGGAAUUUCUCAGUUUUCAAAGUGCUGGAUUGAUUAGUAAUUAGCAGCAGUGAGAAGUGAGGGAGGCGAACUCAAGCAUAGAAUAGAAUAGAAACAAGGGAACUAAAACAGGAAAAUCACUCGAACACAAGAGUAGAUUUUUACUCCAUCAUUCAAUGUGCUAAGGGUCCUAUUUUUGACUUAAUAAUUUUACUUGCAGUUUAAUUGGAAUUUACACGGAGGAGGGGCUUAAGCUGAUUAAGAGUGAUUGAUUAUUUUACUCCUUUUAUUGGUUUUUGUAACAGUAAUUUCUUGAUAUCUUCAGUCUUAAAAAUGGAGGAUCCUUUGUAUGUUUGCCAGCAUACCACACACACACACAUCUUCUAAAAUUUUGAACAUAUUUGCUUUGGUACUCAGAUUUUUGCAGCAGAGGACCUGAGCCAAUGUUAUAUUCAUCAAAUGGCAAAGCUUGGGCAAUUUGCUAUCCAAGGAUAUAGCUUUUGAACCCUUUUACUGUUUCUAAGUAGUAGCUUUUCCACGCUUUCACGUAUUUAUAAGCUCAACUACUUAGUUUUCAGUACUGCCUGAUUUGGUUUGUGCUGAAUGUCUAAAUAUGCAUUGGUUCCAUCUGCAUCCCCUUGUAAAUAAUGAUUGCAUUUGUGCAUUAUUAUGCAACUAUAUACUAAUUCUUACAUCCUAAAUUUUAUGCAAACACACUGUCAAAAAUUAAAAUGGCUGAUCAUGAUGACCUUUUAGCUUCAGAGAUGGCUGAGCGUUCGACCCCUCCAACUGCUGUCUCCAACACUGCUAAUGUGUUACCACCUUGCACUCGAGGUCGUAGAAAUCAGUCUCGUGUUUGGACUGUUAGUAUAGUUAUUUUUGCUGUGUGCUUAAGGUCAUUGUUUCUUUAGGGGUAUUUCUUAAUUGAUAUACUGAGUGUUUGUACCAUUCUCUUGACUAGUAAGAAUUUGAUUACAACAUUCUUAUAGUCUGGAUGCAUUCCCUAUAGUUAUUAGGUGGGAAGGAACCGUAUCAUGGUUAGAUUUAUAUAUGACAGGCGUGUUACAACUAUGUAGUAGUUCCGUCGUGCCUGCACUAUAACGUAACUCUGUCUCAAUUGCCCUGCUUUAAGAGUCCCUGCUGUUAAGUAUCAAUUUUUCUUUUCAAGGGUUUAUUUCUUUUCUUGUAUUGGAGAUCAGAUUAUAUAGCUAUAAAGUAUACACCAUGAACUUUAUUAAACUGGUCGAUCUUAACAUUCUAGUGAAACACAUUCUAGUGUUUUAUUAACAUAAAAAAUUCGGUUUAAAAUUGAUUUGCAAAGAACCAAUAUUCUAGUGUUUAUUAACAUAAAAAAUCCGGUUUUAAUAAUAUCCAAACUGCUUUCAAAAAUCCAUAUCUAUUUAAAUGGUUUGGAUUUAAAAUCCAAACCAUUUAAACGGAUAUGAUUUGGAUAUGGAUUUGGAUAAAAAAAUCCAAUCCAUGCCAACCCGUAGGUUCAUGGUUCAGUGGUCAAAUACAUUAACCUAUUAAUCUGGCUAUUAUUGGAGGCUUAGGUGGAUUAGUCCAUUCCAAGUAAUUACUAUUAUCACAGGUUGAAUGACACAAUCAAGCAAACAAAGGGUCUGAAAGGGAUUGUAGGCCAACAAAUAGGAAAGUGAAAAUUUUUGGAAAAAGGUAACUAACGCGGUAACCUUUCUGGUCCAGUUUUUAUUUAGAUCACAGGUUAUGACUAAUGAUACUCUAUAUUAGUAACUUCAAUGGUUUCCAUCAGCUUCUUAAUGUUAUUGUUGUCAAAAUAGAAUAGCAGGAGUUCUAUUUCUAUAUAAGAAGAAAAUUUUUAAAAAUGACUGGAGUUACUUAAAAGCAUGAAGGUGUGGUAGAGGUGCUAUAAAAAUGUGGCGUCAAACUAUCUUUUUUUUUUUUUUUUUAAUGUUGGUGGCCUCAACUUUGAAUUCUCCUUGCUGUAUAUCUAUUAAUUCGAUGCUUGUAAGUUAAUGGCAUUUUCCAUGAUACUGACAGAAAGAACAAAUUGUUGAAACACUGAUGCACAUGGAUCCUUGAAGACAGGUUUGUUGAAUGCAAAGCAUACUAGCACUCCUAUGAAUCCUAAUAUCAAAUUUCAACCAGAACAGGGACAGCCUCUGUCAAACCCAGGAAAAUACAGAAGAUUGGUCAGAAAAAUAAAUUACCUUGUUGUCACUCAUUGAGACAUCUCUCGCAGUCAGUGAAGUUAGUUAGCUUUUAAACUCUCAAUGUAAGGACCAUUUGGAUGCUAUGAUCCAUAUCCAAAAUGUAUUGAAGGAGCUAUACGAAAAGGUUCACUAUAAAGAGCAUACUUUCAUAUGUUGAUUAAGUAGACCUGAAAAAAUAAGGGGAAAAUGAACAUUAUUGUUUUUUAGGCUAAAUAUCACUUUUGGUUCA